AUGACCAAGGUGAAGGCGCAUAUUAUUCCGAGUCAUGCGGCUGGACCAGGUCUACAAGCAACAACUGGUACCCGAGGAUUUCAAAUAUCUUCUAGGAAAAUGCUGCUUUUGGUGUGGCUGGUGAUGGGAGUUUUACCGAUGACUUUGCAGAUCAGAAGCUACGCAAAGUUCGUAACGCCACACAAAAUCACUGCGCGUUUAGUGGUCCCAGACGAGGGAAUAUCGGAAACAUCAGAUGUAUGGAAAUUUUGCCCCGUCAAGGAAUGGUACGCGGCUGGAGUAUAUUGGAAUAUGAUGCCAACACAUUACUUUCAACGUGAAGAUGGUAUUCUAUGCCACUACGUGAUUCCUCAAUACAACGUACACGGCAAUUAUUUCGUGGGUAACCAGACUACAAUGCCCUUCCAUACGAGUCCAGAAGACUGUGCAAAUGAGAGUUACCCAUUCGAGCAUUACUUCUACCACGGCAGCAUCGGGUUCUACUCGCUUUACGGUGAAGUAAAAGGAACUUAUUGUCCCAAGUACGACACUGCGUAUGUUCUUGUUGGUGGGUUGGGGACUUUUGAUAUUAACGGUCCUCCGUUAGCAAGCGAUGACGGCGGUCACGGAUAUCGAAGAUCGUAUUGGUAUGCUUUCGCUGUGGCGGUGUGGAUUAUAGUUCGCUGUUGGAUACUCCGACGGAGUUAUGUGGUUUGUAGCCGAUUUGCUCGAUCAAGCGAUCAUAUUUACAAGACAAUGGGGCUACAAGACGCAAUGGUGUUCGUUCAUGAAAGUAUGCGGUUGUCUGCACACGGUGCGAAUAAUUAUCACCGCUUGGGACUAGCCUAUCUGUUGGUUGAAGGACUGAUGAGCGAUUUGUUUCUACUCACUACACAAGAAGGAAUGCUCGGACGACUACAGUGUAUUUCGUUGGGAUACAACUUGGCAGGUAUCAUGUCGAUGUUGUUUGAAAUGAUUGAAACGAUGCACUGGCUCGGUGAAACAAAUCGCUGUUUCUUGAGACGAGUGUUGUUUAACCAUGAGACUGUAUUAGUUGGUGAACUCUUGUGCGCUGCUGCAAUGCAAUACUACGUUUCGUCGUUGAAUCGAUCAAGCCUUAAGGAAUGGCGACCAGCAGCGGAGGAAGUGUCAUACUACGUGAUGAGUCUGGCUGGGCAUGGAAUCAUUGUUGUUGGCUGCGUGCUGGUCAUUAUUUGUUCUCGAGUAAUUGGAGCGGUCGGCUUCGUGCGAUGGAAAUUCGGCUCUCUGGCCCCCCUAUCGGCACCUUGCUGUGUGGACACCGUUUUGGGUGUGCGAAGCAAGUUGAUACUGCUGGGGGGAUACGCUUGGGACAAUGGAAACUUGUACUAUAAAAUAUGCACUCUGAGGGCGUUCGGUCUACUAAAAGUUGUAGAGGAGGAUGGAAAAGAAUAUCUCGCUAUUCACAAACUGCACUGGUUUGCAAUACCGAAAGAUUAUGUAGUCGUAAUAGGAUCUUUGCUCGGUUCCAAAGUCGUCCCGUGCGAUGAGCGCCCAAGCGUUGGAACUAUGAGCGCUUUCGGACGAAUGAUCGGGGGAAAGGCUAGUGACACAGGGAAUCGCCAACGAAUAGCAGCGAUGAUGGCAGACAAGUACUCGAUGCAAGAAAGAGGGGAACGUAAAAAACUUUCAGCAACGAGAAUAUACGUCUUAGUUUGGAUGGCUGUGGGAUUAGGCCCUCUGUUUCUCCAGAUUAAGGGUUACGUGCAAUUCGUGACUCCGCACAAGAUUUCACAAAACUUGAUCACACCGGUUGCUGGAGACAAAAAGGAUGCGGACCUGCACAAAGCGUGCCCUGUAAACGAACUGUUCAUGGCUGGAGCGUAUUGGAACGUCGCACCUACGCACUACUACUACGUCACAGAUGGAGUUCUCUGUCACUUCGUCAUGCCGCAGUACAAUCUCCACGGUAACUAUUUUUUGGGGAAUACAACUGUCGAACCAUAUACAACUACACCAGCUAGCUGUUCAAACCACAGCUUUGCAUUUGCCAACUACUUUUACCACGGAAGUAUCGGAUACUAUUCAUUCUACGCCGAAGGUGAAGGCACAUUCUGUUUCUUGGACAACACAGCUUAUGACAUUGUGAAAGGCGUCGGGACACUGGAUAUCAAUGGAGCUCCUCUGGCUAAUGACAAAGGUCAAAUUGGAUAUUUAAAAUCGUACUGGUAUGCGCUUGCAGGCUCGACGUUAGUUCUUAUUCGCUGCUGGGUUCUUAGAAGAAGUUAUAUUUCCUGUAAGCGAUUUGCCAAACAUUGCGAUGAAAUGUCCGAGCCCGUUCGCUUCCAGGAUGCGUUUGUGUAUGUCCAAGAGAGCAUGAGAUUAUCAGCACAUGGAGCGAACAAUUACCAGCGCGGUAUACUGCUGUUCUUACUGCUUGAUCAGGGACUUAUGAGCGAUCUCUUUCUUCUAAUCACUCAGGAAGGACUGGUUGGUCGGAUCCAAUGUAUUUCGCUCGGAUACAACUUAGCUGGACUCAUGUCAAUGCUGUUCGAGAUGGUUGAAUCGAUGAAUUGGAUAUCGGAGAAGGCUCGAGUUCUUGUAAAGCGGCUACUGUUCAACUAUGAAACAGCGUUAAUAGGAGAACUUAUCACUGCGGCAGUGAUGCAGUACUAUUUGACAACGUUGAACCGAUCGGGUCUUCGCGACACCGAAUCGGAAGCAGAGACACUCGCUGAAAGCGUUUGGUCUUUUGAGAAUGGUAGAGGGAGAUGGCAGCGAGUUCCUCGUUUACACGAAACUACGAUGGAGAGCUAUUCCCCGUAA